AUGCAACUCUCCUUCCCGUUCUGCACGCUGCUGGCAGGCGUGCUCGUCGCGCUCAACGCCGCCGCGGCCCCCGCGCAGCAGCCGCGCAUGGUCACGCUCCCGCUGACGCGCAUCCCCCAGCGCAGCGACGCCCACCCGCAGAUCCUGCUCCAGCAGCAGAUGAACUCCGCCCACAAACGCCUCGCGCUGAUGGCGGGCGUCGCGCCGCCGACGGGCCGCGCGCUGUACGCCGCGCUGCACAAGCGCGUGCUCGCCGUCGAGGGCGCCGCGGGCGUCGAGCGGCGGUACAACCGCUGGGGCUACCCCGCCAAGACGGACAAGCGCUUCAACCGCACCGGGCUCACGCACGAGCGGCGCGCCAAGAAGGGCCGGAAGGGCCAGGCCGGCGCUAAUAACGGCGCCGCGCAGCAGCCGGCGGGCGCGAUCGGCGGGCCGGACAGCGCGGUGGACGGCGUCGUGGCCGUGGCGAACGCGCCGACGGCGGCGAACUCGCUCGGGCUGAACGUGGAGGUGCCGGACGUGGGGUACCUCGCGACGGUGCAGAUGGGCACGCCGCCGCAGAACUUCCUGAUCCUGAUGGACUCGGGCUCCGCGGACCUGUGGGUCGCGUCGGACACGUGCCAGGGCGUGGACGGCGGCGGGUGCGGGCGGCACCAGACGCUGAGCUCGCGCUCGUCGAGCAGCUUCAAGGCGUCGGACACGCCGUUCACGGUCACGUACGGCACCGGCGCGGUCGCGGGGGCCAUCGUCCAGGACGACAUCACCGUCGCGGGGCUCACGCUCAAAGCGCACACGUUCGGCGUCGCGACGCAGGAGACGGACGACUUCGCGAACGACCGGGUGCCGUUUGACGGGCUGAUGGGGCUCGCCAAGUCGGCGCUCUCGCAGCAGAAGACGGCGACGCCCGUCGAGGCGCUCGCGCAGCAAGGGCUCAUCAGCGACGCCAUCACGUCCUACAAGAUCUCGCGCACCGCCGACGCCAAGAACGACGGCGAGAUCACCUUCGGCGCGCUCGACCCCGCAAAGUUCGACGCCAACACGCUCGUCACCGUGCCCAACGUCAACGCCCAGGGCUUCUGGGAGGCCGCCCUCGACGGCGUCUCCGUCAACGGGCAGGACCUCGGCCUCAACGGGCGCACCGCCAUCCUCGACACGGGCACCACGCUCGUCGUCGUCCCGCAGGCCGACGCCGCGGCCAUCCACGCGGGCAUCAAGGGCGCGCAGGACGCGGGCAACGGCCAGUUCGUCGUCCCGUGCGACCUCACCGACGCCGUCGCCUUCACCUUCGGCGGCGCCACCUUCGCGAUCGACCCCCGCGACAUCGCCGUCCAGCCCGUCGACAACACCGGCACCACGUGCAUCAGCGGCAUCACCGGCGGCAGCUUCGGCACCAGCGACACCCAGUUCCUCGUCGGCGACGUCUUCCUCAAGAACGCGUACUACAGCACUGAUGUGGGCAAGAACGCCAUCUCGCUCGCCAAGCUUGUUUAG